GUUAACCUCUCUCUCCUCUGGCCGAGAUGGAGGAGGCGAUCGCCUUUAGCUAGCCAGACCCUUGCAUGUUCAGGAACGUACUCUGCCGUUCUCAACCUCUUCUUAGACUUUUCAGUAAGCAGUUCUACAUCGUGCAUCGUGGGCACUGUAAGUCCAGCUCUUCUUUCUAUUCUAUUCUUGACAUUGUCACCGUAUAACAGCUGACUAACACACAGCGCAGAAAAUUUCGUGACUUGUUCCACCCUGAGCUCAAUACAACGAAGCUCCUGCCGCAUGUUCCGCAGUGUUCUUUGCGGCCUUCGAUUUUUCUCAUCGCAGCUGAGCGUAACGGUUGUUGCAUGCGUGUGUCCGUUACAUCAACAUCCGUUGUGUCGUCGUCAUUGUCAGAAUAUGCGUCAGUCCUUGGAAGAUCAUGAACAUAGGUCUUCUCACUCUGUAUCAGUAGCUGUUAACGUGAUCGUCGAUUUGAAUCGAUUAGACCGCCAACUCUUUCAUCUCUGCAAUCUCUGGAUGUGUAGUCUUCCUGGAAUAUCUUACGGGGAUCAUGUUUGUAAUAUCGCGGCUCUCUGUCCUAGAGCUUUUGUGUCUGAACGUCGGUUUUCACAUUCAGGGAGAUUAUCACUUCUUAAGAUACCGCCGUGUCAAAUUGUCGCAUCUCUUCCGCCUACAAACUGGAAGCGACUAUGGGUGAUCCAUGUUCUUUAUAUAUCUGAUUUAACAAAAUAUGUCUCUCAAUAGGUACUCAGUAUCAGGUUCUCGUGUCGUAGGCGAGGGCGCAUAUGGUAUCGUCCGAGUCUGUUCGGCUGUUCA